AUGGAUUCCCCAGCAAAGCGACGGAAAACUAGCGAGACUACAGGCAUUUCUGUGGCGCCAGAGAUCCCUCAAAAUAACCCCCAUCGGUCGAGACGACCCUCCUUCCAGUCUCCAACGAGGGCCAGCCUUGCACGGUCACAUCCCGAUCUAUUAGAGCGCGCAACCAGCAGAUCUCCUGCUCGACGACUAGCAAGCAAAGACAGCGGGCAACAAGAUCCUCGAAAAUUUGGAUUACGCGAUCGCAAAGCGCUCCGACCAUCGCUCAAUGCCUCCGCAAGUCCCCUCGCUCGACCCCGAGGCUCUGAAGCGCCCGAAAGUUCCCCCAACAGGCGCUCAAGUGGCGUUCAAGCGUUCUCAAAACCACCACGCAGGAUUUCAAGGAGGAUUCUCCCAGGAGAUUUGGUGUUUGGGUCUCCAAUCCCACAACCUAAGAAUCCCGAAUCGAAUACCCCCGAGCGUCAAUUGGAAUUGGAAUUGGGCAGUGCCACAAGAGAAGCGGAUACGGAUAUAGGUCCGGACUCUAGUUUUAUGGAUGAAGAUAUCCUCGAACCCGAUCUCCCGCCCACGCCAACACAACUAGGUCUGGAAAAGGCCCCGGAUCGACCUAGAGGGAUGUUGAGUAGCAGCCCUAGUAGGCGACAGGAGAAACGAGCGAAACGACGAAUUGCCAAUGCAUUACAUGAGAGCCCACUUAAGGCAGGUUUGGAGACGACCCCAGACCUGGGUGGAGUUUCAGCGGCUGUCCGUGAGAAACGCAAUUCGCGCGAGAAGAGCGCUGCCGAUCUGCGACGACUGAGAAACGAAGUUGCAGAACUGGAAACGUGGGCAAAGAAAAUCGAGUCCAAUCCUGACUUGAAAGGCGACACCAGAGGACUCGACCAAUUUCUGUGGGUUCCACAAGUAAUUUUGGCUUGGAUACUACUGACAAUCUUUAGGUCUUUACUCACAUCGGAAGAGGCGAAUCGUGCAAUUCUCCCAGUGCCCCAAACAGCCCCUAAACCAAUAUCAUCCCUCCUCGCCACUUUACUCCCGUUCUCCGCCAAUAUCCCUCGCCCAAAACGUGAAUUAUCAUUGCUACCAACGAAUCCAUUUGCCCUGCAAGAAGCCUCUCAAUCACCGCCGUACCUAACAGCCUUCGCACCCUUGACCCUCAAAACCCAUACAACUCGGUCGUCUCAUAGGGAGGAGUUGUUAGAAACACACACACUAAUAUUUUCUCCCCCGUCUCCAUUCCCAGCAAGUCUGUACAACGUGACGGUUGUCUACGAAACAAACCCCGAGACCCAGUCUUUGACUUCCCUGUCAGUGCCUACUGACAGCGACAGCAAGAAAAGAAAAGUCCCUGAAGCUAUUCGUCGAUGGAUUGAUACCCGCUUAGAAAACCCACUCUUGAAACUUGACGUGGCAACUCUAUGCUGGGGAAUCAACCGGUACUGGGUAUCUGCAAUCACCCGUGCUCGUUUGUGGGCACACAUUGACCGCAAGUAUGGCCCUAGGGCCUUGCAGGGCAGAAAAGAUACUGCCUCGGAAAGCAAGGACGGCGUUAUCACGCUUUCUGAACUGCGACGACUAGUCCCGCAUUUGGACCGGAGUGCCAUGGUCAUCAAACCUAAAUCUUCUGACUCCAGCCUCCGGGUGCUUUUAUCAAAUAAUUUAAUGUUGGAUGAAUGGACCGGAGAGCCUCAGCUGCGGCCUGAGAUCAGCGUGUCGAUCCCCGGGGUAGAUAAGAAAAUCGACCAGGAGGCGAAGAAGCUUUUUUAUGCGUUGCUACAUGAGGAUGGCACUUCGAGCACGCGAGGUGUGGAGGGUGGUAUCCAUAUUGAUGCAGUGGUAAGGGCGACUGAAGGUGCUCUUGGUGCUUUGUUCGGUCUUUGA